AUCAAAACGUUCGGAAAUUUCUGCAAUCGCUGGUUGCCGCACAGCCUUGAGGUCAUGAAAAAACAAUGAGGAAUUCUACAAUGAUUGCGUUAAUAGUAGCACUUUGUUUAAUUAGAGGAGUAGUUAAUGAAUUAGAAUCACAACUGUUCGAUCUUCCUUCGUUAAAUGUAAAUACCGAUCAGUUGUACCUUCACAAAAAGAAUGCUACAAACUUAACAUGUGAACUUAGUGCAGGAUACUCAGAAGCUCGCAUGCAAUCAGUUGUAUGGCUGAAAGAUCGAGAAAUUAUUUCCAUUAAUGAUACAGAUUAUACAUGGAAAGGUUUUAUAUUAACCAUACAUGGAACUCGACCUCAAAAUGAGGGAGAAUAUCAAUGCCUAGCAGAAAUUUCUCGGAUUCGCUUGACAAAUCGCCAGUUGAUAACAACAACAAUGAUAUCAUCUCCAUUGAAAAUCCGGCGAGCGAGAUUCACAAAAUUUGAUAUAACAUACCUGAAUCACGCUGCAAUAACAGUUCGAGAAAAUGAAGUUGCACGUCUUCCAUGUGCUGGAAUGCCCGACGUGAUUCCAUCACCAGCGUCCAUUUGUUUUGCUCGACUGGAAAACGAAGAAGAGUGCCUUGGAGGGAGAAAUGAUACAAAGUAUUUCAUUACGGAUAGUGGAAUGCAGAUUUCGUUAGUAAAUCCGUCAGAUGCAGGAUUUUAUCAUUGUAUUGUGAGAAAUGAAUAUACAAAUCAGACAAGGAAGAGUCCGAAACCUGUUCUGAUUAUUGUCACUGAAUCAAACAGCACCGAGAAAGCACCUACUGAAGUUAUCAAGCCAGCAUUGGUUUAUCCGGCCAAAGAAACAACCAUUGACAAACCAAUCGAAUUAGCAGUAGCUGAAGGUGAUGACGUUGUCCUUGAAUGUGUUAUCAAUAUGGCGAAAAUUGUUUGGAUAAAACACAACGAUACAACUCCAAAUGUCACAAUGGAUGACAAUACUUCGAGAUUUCAACAAAUUUGGGGAAACUUAAAGAUUCGAAGUGUGGCAUUAGGAGAUUCUGGAAUUUAUACAUGUCUUGGACUUCCGAUUGUUGGUGGCGACGGUGUGAUUGACAAUAAUACAACGAGACCUAGAGUUGAUUAUAACUUGGUUGUCUACUCACCAUCCGGAGUGCGGUUGUCAAUCACGCCACAAUUUGAUAAAAGAUACUUGCUGGAGUGCUUGGCGACAAAUCUACGAUAUGAAAUCCCAACUGCAUACAUCAAUGGAACUUCAAUUGUUCAUAACAUUAACUCAAUGGGUAUACCAAGUAAUACCAACUUUUACACAAAUCCGAUUAGAGUUCAUCUUGAAGUGAAAUCUUCUUUUACUGGAAGUAUUCAGUGUGUUUCUCGGCCUGCAAUGGUGGAAGCUGAAAUUUACGGUUUCGGAUUAGAAAGAGGAAAAUCAAUGAACAUGUUUGUUAUGAACACUUUGAAUUCAAACGAUUUGAUUAUCAAAGGACCAAAUAACAUCACUGUGGUGGUUGGUCAGACUGCAGAUUUCCAAUGUUUGGUGCAAAGAGUAAAAGCAAGAUCUUGGAUGAAAAAUAACCGCACACUUUCGUUGUUCACUUCAAGACGUACCAUUGUCGGCUCAAACUCAUUGAGAAUCAGCAAAGUUGAACUGAGCGAUGAAGGGAUGUACACGUGCGUUGCUCAAAGUGAAAGUGGCCAUACAAGUUACUCUUCGGCCUAUUUGACAGUAAUAGACAAUUCUUCUACUGUUGCACCAUUGGUUACGUCCACAGAACCUUUUAUCGAUAAGAAGAAAGACUUGAAAAUUGAUGUGGAGGACGUUCGAGGAUUUGUGACAGGAACUGAAGUCAGAAUUCAAUGGUCGGUACUGGGAAAAAUUGUUGCACUGACAAAAAUUUCGAAGUUUUUAAUCGAAACCCAAAGGUUUGGAACAUCAGAAGAAAAUUGGAUUGAAGCGGACACUGUUGAUUCCCAUGUUCGGGCAACUACCAUAAAGUCGUUAAUUCCUGAUAACAAAUAUAAAUUCCGCAUUAAAAUGAUUCGUGAUGACGGAAGCCAUGUUUUGAGUCAAUCGACGGAUUGGAUGAAUGUUGAAACAACAACAGGAGAUGUUCUCCCGCUAGCCCCAAAAAUCCUUUCCGUUCACCAACACUCGUCAGACUCUGCCAAAGUGUUCUUUUCACAUAAUGCGCCGAUCGAAAACGCGGCCGCCAAAACAUUUGUGAUCGUUUACAACGAGGUGUCACCGGACCAGAAUAAAUCACAAGUGGUACAAGUGGACGGAACUCCAACUGAAGCAAUUAUAACCGGACUGGUGUUUGACACGCAGUACUCGAUCCAAAUGAUUGCUGAAAAUGCGGCUGGAAAAAGUUUGACAAGCGCCGAAUAUCUGUUCAACACAACUCAGAGCGGAAUGCUGUCUUCGGUCCGAGUUUUUAUCGGAUCGCUCGAACCCCAUCUGACAUUCAAGAACAUUGCACUCGGAGGAAUUAUCACAUUUUUAGCAUUGAUUAUAUUGUUUGUCUGCUUCUUUGUGUUUUGUAAUUUGAGAUCAGGCGAUAAACGGCAGAAAAGUCAAGCAAAUGGAAAGUUUUUGGACACCUCCUAUCGAAUUUUCAACGAACAAAAAGUGCAUAAAUCUCGCAUGUUUGACGACAACGCCGAAAUUUUGGAGGCCGACGUUGACGAAUGCUCGCCUUUAAAAGUAAGACAAGUAGAUGAGAGAAACUCGGGUGACUCGGAUAAGUACGGAUUCAACAAUCACGAUGAAAAUGUGCCAAAUUUGUACGGAAACUUGGACGAUAUUAUAGACAUGGAAGCAACAGCAGAGGUGCCAAAUGAUCCAACAUAUGUCUCUGCAUCCAAGCUGACUGGAGAUUACGGAGUUCACUCCACAGCUAGGUGCUAUUCACCGGAAAGUCGGACCUCACAUGAAAUGUUGGUUUCCUAUUCACAAAGUGCACCACAUUCAAAUGCCAACAGUUCAUCUCCACAGAUGAACGGCUCGAUGCAACGCGUAAAAGCUUACAACUAUCCUGAUUCACUUCUCUACUCGCCAGCAGGAACGACUUCUUCAAUUGCAGAAACUAAUAGCAGCGGGAACGGAGCAACAAGAGCUCAGUGUGACUCUCCAAAUAACGCACCAGCAAGUGACGAAAGUGAUCAAGGAAUCAGAUGUGGUGGCUCGUCAAGAAAUAGCCAUAUCUCUUCGACAGAUGGGACAAAAAUGAUGACAAUGGGAACUUUCAAGGGAUCAACGCCUACAAGUUCAUUUGUCAGUACAUUCGACAGAAGACGCUCUGAAAAUGUCGCCUAGAUGUUUAAUUAUUUUUGCCUCCAUCCCCCAUCAAUUUUCUAUUCGGGUUCCUCAAGUCAAUCCACGUGUUUCCAAUCGAAAUCCCGUUUUUCUUUGCACUUAUCCCAUAUACUCGUUGAAGGAAUAGCUUUAAUUUUGAAUAUUCAUAAUUUCUCUUCAAGUUUUGUAUUAUGCACGGGUCUUCAACAAUGUCCAAUUGGAGAUGUAGUUAAUUGCAAAUAAUUAUUUAUCUGUUUCAAUUUGCUAUUAUGCAUGUUAUAUCUUAACCCGUAAAGAUCUCUCUUGAGACCACCAGCCACUUAUUUUCAGUUCAUUGCCGAUUCUUGUUUAAUUUAGAAUGUUGCUAUGCACAAUGUUAUUUUUGCUUGUACUUGACAAUGAAUCAUUUUUCGAAAAAUAAGUUAACCAACUGUUAGCCAAUAUACUCACAGUUUUUCUACAGUAUUCUUUCAAUAAAUUACUUAAAG